AGUUAAUAAAACCCACCAUCCACUUCUUCUAUCCCCUUUCGGUCACGCGUGCUGCCAAAAAUCGUGUCGACUCGAUCGCCGAUACCUUUUCCUCAGUACCGAAACUCCGGCGCCGGAUCGCGAUCUGCCACCAGCCAGCGAGGGUGGAGGGACGGCGGAGCCUCCGGUCGGCUUCGGCGGCGAGGAUCUGUUCCUUUUUUUUCCGGCGGCCGGAUGCCGGAGCCUCAGCGAGCGUGACGGCCUCGGCCGUACUCUCUCCUCUGAAUUUUGUUUUCUUGAGUAGCCGAGAUGAGAUGAACGACGAAUAGGGAGGGAGGAAUCUCGUCGUCUUUGGUUUCGUAGGCGGUUGGGGGGGUAGAAGGGAAAGUAACUGGGAGGGGAUAGCUAAUAGAUGAAAGGAUUGAGGCAUUCGCGUUCGUCCUCGUCGCUUCCCUUGGCGUCGUCCUGGAUCCAUCUGCGGUCACUUCUCAUCGUUGCUUCUGCCACUGUCCCCGAUCGAGGUAGCUUGAGAUCACCAUGGUCUAGGAGGAAAAGAAAACAUGCACUUUCACAUCGACGAUGGCACAUGCUAUUUUCAUCAGAAGGGAAGUUUCAUGAUGGAGGAAUCAAAUUUAUUGAAAAAGUUAGGAGUGGGGGAGUUGACCCAAUUAUCAGGGCCGAAGUAUGGCCUUUUCUACUUGGAGUUUACGAUCUCAACAGCUCACACACUGAACGAAAUGUCACCAGAGUCCAGAUAAGGAAAAAGUAUGAAACUUUAAGGAGAAAAUGCCACCAACUUCUGAGUCACUGCCACAAGGGAAAUAGGUUAGACACCAUAAAUGAAGUCAGCAAUUCAGCAAGCUCUUGUUUUGAUGAGCACUGCGAGUUUCAUGAUUCUCAAGAUGAUCCAAGUGCGACCCGCAAUAUUGCAGAAGGAAACUUAUACAACUUUAAAGUAGAUCAAUCAGUUCACAACGGAAGUGAUUUAUUCAGCUUGUGUAACUUAGAGGAAAUAGAAGACGAGGCUGAGAUCGUUCAGUUUGAUAACUAUCCUUGGGGCACAGAAUCUUCUACAUCGGAUGAAGAUGAAGAUGAAACUGAAAGCUUGCUUGGAUCAUCAAUCUCAGAAAUGUUUGUGCAACAUGAUCCCAAGUUAACUAGAAUCCCUUCAUUCCGUGGGGAUUUUACUCAAUAUAAUCGAACAUCUGAAGACUUCGCAACGUGGCAGCGCAUAAUCCGUUUAGAUGCAAUUCGAGCCAACUCAGAUUGGGUGGUUUAUUCUCUGAAUCUCACUUCUGUGACUAAAGAGAAGGCACUCCAAUCUGCAGCAUCGGUCGGUCUUAAAAGUUAUGAGCACUUGGACCCAUGCAUGAUUUACCAUGCUGCUCGCAUGGUUGCAGUUCUCGAAGCGUACGCAGUUUAUGAUCCAGAGAUUGGCUACUGCCAAGGCAUGAGCGACCUCCUCUCGCCAAUCCUCACCAUAAUGGAUGAAGAUCACGAAGCUUUCUGGUGCUUUGUGGGUUUCAUGAGGAAGGCCCGGCACAAUUUCAGGCUUGAUGAGGUUGGGAUCCAGAAACAGCUGAGCACGAUCUCAAAGAUCAUCAAGUGCAAGGACUUGCACCUGUACAAACACUUGGAGAAACUGCAGGCGCAAGAUUGCUUCUUCGCGUACAGAAUGGUGCUCGUGCUGUUCCGGAGGGAGCUGACAUUCGAGCAGACAAUGAGUCUGUGGGAGGUAAUGUGGGCAGACCAGACAGCGAUUCGGUCAGGGAUCAGGAAGUCUGCACGGGGGAGGAUCAAGCUGCGGGCUCCCCCGACUGACGACUUGCUGCUCUACACAGUUGCAGCCUGUGUUCUGCAGCGCCGGAAACUGAUCGUCGAGAGGUACAACAGCAUGGAUGAGAUACUGAGGGAGUGCAACAACAUGGCAGGGACUCUAGAUGUUUGGAGGCUGUUGGAUGACGCCCAUGAUCUGGUCACGAGUCUGCACCAAAAGAUUUGAUCUCUUGGUUCUUGCUUUCACUGCCAUUGAUUUGCUGCUCCUGUUCUUGUUAUUCCUCUGUUGCAACAAUGACACAAUCAAACAAAGCGUUUGAUUUCACAUAAACGAACUAAUUUAACUAUGAAUUUACUUGUGGAAA